AUGAGCGCGGAGCUGGACGGCGUGUCCGUGCACUCCUCCUCCUCCUCGUCGGGCUCGCUGGGCUCGGCGGCGGGGCCGGCGCCGCGGCCGCUCUCGGCGAACGUGCGGCGGCUGCACCAAGCGCUCACGGCGCUGCUGAGCGAGGCGGAGCGGGAGCGCUUCAUCCUCUGCCUCAACGCCUACCACGGCCGCCGCAACGUCUGCGACCUGGUGCGCUCCCUGCGCGCCCUCCUCGACGGGCCCCGCCGCCGGCAGCUGCUGCCGCUGCUGCGCCUCGUCCUGCCGCGCUCCGACCAGCUCCUCUUCGACCAGUACACGGCCGAGGGGCCCUACCUGCCGCCGCCCGGCCGCCCCCCGCCGCCCCCCGCCCCGCCGCCGGUGGUCCCGGGCGAGCUGCGGCAGGUGACGCUCCGCCGGAGCAAAGCCCACGAGGGUCUGGGCUUCAGCAUCCGCGGCGGCGCCGAGCACGGCGUGGGCAUCUACGUGUCGCUGGUGGAACCGGGCUCUCUGGCCGAGCAGGAGGGGCUGCGCGUCGGCGAUCAAAUCCUGGGGGUCAACGGCAAGUCCCUGGACAGGGUGACCCACGCCGAGGCGGUCAAGGUGCUGAAGGGCUGCAAGAAGCUGAACCUGUCGGUGCACUCGGUGGGGCGCAUCCCGGGGGGUUAUGUCACCAACCACAUCUACACCUGGGUGGACCCCCAGGGCCGCAGCGUGUCCCCCCCCACGGGGCUGCCCCACCACCAGAACAGCUCCCUGCGCAGGGACAGCGAGAAGAGGAGCCACCUGCAGCUCCUGCAGGAGGGGGAUGAGAAGAAGGUGAAUCUGGUCCUGAACGAAGGGAAAUCCCUGGGCCUCAUGAUCCGAGGAGGGGCAGAAUAUUCCCUGGGCAUCUACAUCACAGGUGUGGACAAGGGCUCCGAGGCAGAGAGCACUGGCUUGAAGGUGGGAGACCAGAUCCUGGAGGUGAACGGCCGGAGCUUCCUGAGCAUCCCCCACGACGAGGCCGUGAAGCUGCUCAAGUCCUCGCGUCACCUGAUGAUGACGGUGAAGGACAUCGGGCGCCUGCCCCACGCCCGCACCACCGUGGACGAGACCCGCUGGAUCAGCAGCUCCCAGCUCGGGGAGACCCUGCUCAGCGCAGCGGGGGCAGUGGGUGACCAUGCUAUGGACGUGGCAGCCAGGCCCGUGUUCUACCGGGGGCUGGCCGGCUCGCAGGUGACCCUGAGCACCAUGGUGAACCAGACCCGGGUCAUGCUGGAGGAGCAGGCACGGCACCUGCUCAACGAACAGGAGCGGGCCACCAUGGGCUACUACCUGGACGAGUACAAGGAGGGCAACAUCUCCGUGGAUGCUCUGGUCAUGGCCCUCUUCGAGCUGCUCAACACACAUGCCAAGUUCUCGCUGCUCUCCGAGGUGAGGGGGGUGAUCUCCCCACAAGACCUGGACCGCUUCGACAACCUGGUGCUGAAGAGGGAGAUCGAGUCCAUGAAGGCCCGGCAGCCCGCGGGGCCCAGCGCCGACUCCUACUCCAUGAUGUCCUACAGCGACACCGUCUCGUCCUCCAGCAGCCACUUCACUGCCACCACCGUCAGCUCGGCCCGGAACACAUCAGAGCUGGAGGGAGCUGGGGACUGCCACCAGAGCAGCAUCAACACCCUGCCAGAUGUGUCCCUGGAUGAUCUCUCCUCCUUCCCAGAGGAACCACCCAACUUCAAGCCUCCUCCUCCUCCAUCAGCCCCCCAGACCCUGGACCCCUCCUCUGCCCAGCCCCGGCUCCCGGGGAAGGACAAGCCCAAGCGCCCCUCCUCCGAGUCCUCCCAGUCUGGCCUUUUCUUCGUGGCCCCCCGAAACCCCUCUCCCCCUCCGCACGCCCCCGAGAAGGACACGGUCAGCAUGACCUCCACGGCCUCCACGUCCACCGAGGAUUCCGCCCCCAGCGCCAUCUACGCCACCAUCUCCCCGUCCCCGCGCGGCUCCCGCCGGCCGGCGGAGGCCCCGCUCUCCCUGCUCAGCCAGCACCCCAUCGGGCCCUUCCCCAGGGUCCAGUCCCCCACCAGGCUGAAGAGCCCGUCCCCAGAGGGGCUCCAGAGCCCCCCGGCCCCGUCCCCUCCUCCUCCGCCCUCGCACCCCGCGCCCCCUCCCCCGGACAAGGGCAGCCCCCAGGCCGCGGCCAACCAGCAUUUCAUCAUGGUGGAGGUGCACCAGCCCAACAGCGAGCCCGACGUCAACGAAGUGAGGCCCCUGCCCCAGGCCAGAGCCUCCACGCUCUCCCAGCUGUCGGACAGCGGGCAGACCCUCAGCGAGGACAGCGGGGUGGACAUCGGGGAGGUCGAGACGAGCGGCAAGGACAGGAGCCGGCAGCCAGGCCCCGGGAAAAGCCGCAGCCCCAAGGAGGCCACGAGGAGCGAGGGGGCGGCAGAAGGGGCUUCCAAGCCGCCAGGGCUCCUGGAGCCCACGUCGUGUCUGAUCCGGGUGUCCAAGAGCGCUCCCACCUUGGGCAUCGCCAUCGAGGGCGGCGCCAACACGCGGCAGCCGCUGCCCCGCAUCGUCACCAUCCAGCGGGGGGGCUCGGCACACAACUGCGGGAAGCUGAAGGUGGGACACGUCAUUUUGGAGGUGAACGGCACAGGACUGCGAGGAAAGGAGCACCGGGAGGCCGCCCGCAUCAUCGCCGAGGCCUUUAAGCUGAAGGAAAAGGACUACAUCGAUUUCUUGGUCACAGAGUUCAACGUCGCCCUUUAG